UUUCAGGUUCAAAGGCUUCGACAGUUGCUAGAAGACGAGAUGCAAUUACAUGUGGUCUUAGAAAAUGCCAUAGAACAUGUUGCCGCAGAACUGUCUGAUUUGUCAUGCAUUCCAAAUGAUGCCCAGAAACUGUUGUCUAAUAUUGCCACAUUGGAGAGUGCUGUUUCAAGACUUGAAGAUGAAAUUGUUUCUUUGCACUUUCAGCUUAUUCAAGAAAGAAAUGAGAGAAGACUUGCUGAGUAUCGCUUUAAACAAUUGCCUUCGCAGGCACAGGAUACUUUGGAUGGAAUGAUCAUGCAAGAAGAGAAUAUUUCUCCAGAAAUACUUCAGCGUGCAGAAUUGGGGAGGUUGAAGAAACAAAUUCCAGAAAAGAGGUUACGGAACUAUCCUAAUCAGCUAUCGGAGGAGAUAGUGCGGUGUGUGAAGAACAUUUUCAUAUCAUUAGCAGAUGCUUCCAUUGUACCCUCCAAAAUAUCCUCAGAGAACUUUCAGCCUUCCACCUCUCCCUCAGGACAUCUUUCAAGUUCUUCCCGUUGGUCAUUAUCUGAAUUGUCAGCACUUUCAUCGUGGAGCCAAAGUCCUCAAAUUGAUUUACAGUGCGGCAAUGAAGUUUUAGCCGCCGGAAGUAUUUUUGAUCCCUACAAAGUCCGUGGAAAAUUAAGUUGGAAUGACAUUGGCAAUUAUAGUCUAGCUAAAGAGGUUUCCUGGAUGUCAGUGGGAAAGCAACAACUUGAAUAUGCUGCUGGGGCGCUAAGGAGAUUCAGAUCACUAAUCGAGCAACUCGCAGAAGUAAAUCCAAUCCAUUUGAGUGACAAUGAAAAACUGGCCUUUUGGAUCAACUUGUACAAUGCGCUUAUCAUGCAUGCAUAUCUAGCCUAUGGGGUUCCCAGGAGUGACAUGAAACUCUUUUCACUGAUGCAGAAGGCAGCAUAUACAGUUGGAGGACACUCAUUUACUGCUACAUGCAUUGAGUAUGUAAUAUUGAAAAUGAAGCCACCAGUCCAUCGGCCCCAAACUGCUUUGCUUCUUGCUCUUCAGAAGCCAAAGGUCUCUGAGGAACAGAAGAAGUUUGCAAUUGAAACACCCGAGCCACUUGUGACCUUUGCUUUAAGCUGUGGAUCAUACUCUUCUCCAGCGGUAAAAGUUUACACACCCAGAAAUUUGAAGGACGAGCUCCAAGAAGCUCAACGAGAUUUCAUCCGGGCCUCAGUUGGACUGAGCAGUAAAGGGAAGCUUUUGGUGCCAAAGAUGGUUCAGUCUUUUGCCAGAGCGCUUGUAGAUGAUUCUAAGCUAGCAAUCUGGAUAUCCCGUUUCCUUCCGCAGGAACAAGCAGCCUUUGUCGAACAAUGUGUUUCGCAGAGGCGGCAGAGCUUCCUAGGCUCAAGAAAUUGUGGUGUACUACCAUUUGAUGCUCGAUUUCGUUAUCUUUUCUUGCCUGAGAGAUUGCCUUGAUGCUUUAAGUCCUGCUCUAUUCCAGGAUUAGUGAUAGAGACCGGUGUUCAUUUCAUCAUAGGCUUGCAUGAAAUUCUAUCAGUGACAGAUUGAUGGUUCAGCCUGGAUGAAUGAUUUGACUACAAGGAUUCACCUCCAUACUUGAUAAUAUUUCAAUGCUGCUUUGCUGUAUUCGAGAAUUCAGCUACCAAUCAGCCUAAGGUCUUCACCUUGUAGGCCUGUACUUUUGCACAUAGGCCCUCUUAUGCAAUGGUGGUAUAAAAGAAGCUCUUCUUUUCUUAUCUUGGUUACUUACGAAUGAUGCAUUCAAGAUGUGAAAAAAAGGUGACCGUAUUCGCAGGACGCUGCAAUGUCUGGAAUCGAAACACUUCUGUAUGGAGCUUAGGCCCAGCAAUUUGACUUGUAUACAAGAAAUUUGUAACUUGAAGACAUCUGAGAUUGGUUGUAAAUAUUUUUGUAAUAAUGUUGAAUUGGGUAAUCAGUACGUUCAAACCUUUGUCAAUUUUAAGUCGUCUCUUGAAUCA